AUGUGCAGGGUUUGUUACGUCCCUUUGGCUGCAUGCAUCAUGCAUGUUGUGUUGCAUGUUGUGUUGGCACGUCCCUCAUGGCUGGAGUCUGAUGAAAUGGAUGCCGAGGUGUGUGAUGACAUGGCUGUUAUCCUUUUACAAAGCCAUAGCAAAAUCAAGAGGGAUUCUUUUGUUGUAUAUGCUAACAAUGUGCCAGGAGCUCCAUUGCCUUCAGGGCCACCACCUAAUUCUCACCCAAAGAGUUGGAUUAUUGGACUUGUUCUAUCACUUGUGCUACCUUUUUUCACCCACAAAUGGGGCCCAUUAUGGGUGGUUAAAAGUAGGAUCGACAACGCGGUUCAAACGGUGGAGGACAUAGUCGAGGCCGUGGAGAAAGUAGCCGAGAAGGUCGAUGAGAUUGCAGAAGACAUAGCCGAAGAUCUUCCAGAUGGAAAAUUAAAAGAUUUUGUGGAAUUAAUUGAAAAUGUGGCUGAAAAAACAGCUAAAACAGCUGACUGCAUAGAUAAUGUCAUUGACAAGGCUCAGGAAGCUGAAGAUGAGGUAGAGGAGAUGAUAUCUAAAUCUCUAGUCAAAAAGCCCAAAAGUUCGGCAAAGCAAUAA